AUGGGCCGCCGGCUCAUCCAUGGUCUCUCUGGAGCCAUCAUCUUCCUUGUCAGCAUCACUCUCCUGUCCGUGCGGCACCGUGGGGCUUGGGAACCAGCCUGGUACCCAGUGCUCAGGGAGAAGCCAGAGCAACGCAGCUACAGGGGACUGAAGGACCUGCAAGUCCAUCCUCCAGAAGGAUACAGAAGUCAGGGAAGCCUGACGCUUGGGGACAUCUUCAUAGCUGUGAAGACAACCAAGAGAUUUCACCAGAGCAGGAUGGAGCUGCUCCUGGACACGUGGAUAUCCCAGACCAGAGAGCAGACUUACAUCUUCACUGAUGAAGAAGAUGAUGCCCUGAAAAGGAGAAUGGGAGAUCAUGCCAUCUUCACCAACUGCUCUGCUGAGCACAGCCACCUGGCCCUCUCCUGCAAGAUGGCAGCUGAGUUUGAUGCCUUCCUGGCCAGCAGCCAGAGCUGGUUUUGCCACUUGGAUGACGACAACUACCUGAACCCUCAGGCCCUUGUGAAGCUGUUGUCCUCCUACUCUGCAACAUGGGAGCUCUACCUGGGGAAGCCCAGCCUGAACCGACCCAUCCAGGCCUCCGAGAUGCUGCCAAGCAACCAGACGAAAUCCGUGCGCUUCUGGUUUGCCACGGGAGGGGCUGGGUUCUGCAUCAGCCGCAAGCUGGCAAGCAAGAUGGUGCCGUGGGCCAGUGGCAGGAACUUCCUGAGUACCUCCGAGCUCAUUCGCCUGCCGGACGACUGCACUGUGGGUUACAUCAUUGAGUGCAAAGUUGGUGGGCAGCUGCUCCCCAACAUGCUCUUCCACUCCCACCUGGAGAACCUGCAGCUCAUCCCCACCUCUCAGCUCACCCAGCAGGUCACCCUCAGCUAUGGUGUCCUUGAGAACAAGCUCAAUGUUAUUGACCUCAGCGGCCCCUUCUCACCUCAAGAGGAUCCCUCAAGAUUUCGAUCACUCCACUGCCAUCUCUAUCCCAACACCUCCUGGUGCCUCCAGGCUGCUGGCUGGUGA